AUGGCAGACUUACCGGCACAUGCCUCUCCAAAACUCGCCCCGCAGCCAAACCCCCCUACCAGCAAGCCAGAAGACACAUCAGACGAUGUGAGUCAAAAAAGCAGCACUCCGACUGGAGAGCAAACGCCAGCUCUACCGGACUCGCUACUGUCGCCCGCAUUCACCCCGCCCGCGACACCCGGCGGUACCUUGAACCUCGAUUUAAACCCAGCGAAAAUACUCCACCAUAACCAAGCGGCAGGUCUUCAGCGUCCUGCCGAUCAAGUGAAGAGACCCAAACUGCUCCAACAGCUUCCAAAGGUUGAAUGCAUUGUCCGAGCGCGAAUCCCAACCACAAAUGGUGCCGAGAUGUUCCUGCAUCUUUACCUCAACGAUUUGGAUAAUAAAGAGCAUCUGGCCAUUGUGUUCGGCAACAAUAUUCGAAGUCGCAGUCUUGAUGAAGUGAAGCCUGGCGAGACAGAGAUGGAUCGUAUGAUUCGCGGCGCAUACGUGGGCAAACUGCACCCGGGAAGAGUCAGCAGUUGGUUUGAUGACGAGAAGCAAACAGAGUCGCAAUCAUCCGCAAGCCGAGAGGUUCAGCCACCACUUGUGCGCAUUCACUCAGAAUGUUAUACCGGAGAAACAGCGUGGUCUGCCCGAUGCGAUUGUGGCGAGCAGUUGGAUGAAGCCGCACGACUGAUGUCUUUCCCUGUCGAAGAUCUGUCAUCUGACGCGCCGCCAGAAGCACAAUCAUUGAAGUCCCAAUCUGCAGGAGGUGUCAUUGUCUAUCUGCGACAAGAGGGCCGAGGAAUCGGACUUGGCGAGAAAUUAAAGGCCUACAAUUUACAGGAUCUCGGCUCCGAUACUGUCGAGGCUAAUCUCCUCUUGCGACACCCGGCCGAUGCUCGAAGUUACGGCUUAGCAACCGCUAUGCUAGAGGACUUGGGCUGUGGCGCGGAUAUUCACCCCGAUGGAAUUCGUUUGUUAACUAAUAACCCAGACAAAGUCCGAGCCAUUGAGGGACCUAACCGCGAAGUGCUCGUUAAAGAGAGAGUCCCCAUGGUCCCACUGGCAUGGCGCACUGGAGGAGAACGAGGUAUCAAGAGCUCGGAGAUUGAAGGAUAUUUGAAGACUAAGGUAUGUUAG